AUGGCACCGAGCACCGAGCACGGCGCACUGCGCGUCGCCAUCGUCGGCGGCGGCAUUGGCGGCCUGGCGUGCGCCCUCGGCCUGGCGCGCGCCGGCGUGCAUGUGCGCCUCUUCGAGUCGGCGCCGGCGUUCCAAGAGAUUGGAGCAGGCAUCUCCUUUGGCCUCAACGCACAGCACGCCCUCGAGCAGCUCGGCCUCGGCGCCGAGUUCCAGCAGCUGGCCACGCAGAUCCCCACGGGCCAGUGGUUCCAGUGGCGCUGCGGCGAGGGCAACAGCGACAGCAGCAGCGCGCACGCCCUGCUCGGCGAGACGCGCUCGCCGCACGGCAACACGAGCUGUCAUCGCGCCGAGUUCCUCGACCGCCUCGCCGGCCUGCUGCCGCAGGAGGUGGCGAGGUUUGGGCACCGCUUAGAGACUGUGUCGAUGCCGGAUGCGCAGGGACUGCAGGUGUUGAGGUUCAAGAACGGCGAGGAGUACCGGGCGCAUGUGGUGAUUGGAGCAGACGGCAUUCACUCAAAGGCGCGCGAGAUACUGGCAGAGCGAAAGGAGAUUGGAGAGGCGAAGCUGAAGUGGUCCGGCACCUGGGCAUAUCGAGGCCUCAUCCCGACGGACAAGUUCAAGGCUGCAGUCGGCAACAAGCACGGCGAGCUCUUUGCCACGACUCCCCAAAUGUUCCUGGGCCGCGAUCGCCACAUCCUCAUCUUUCCCAUCGCCAAGGGCGCCACCAUCAACGUCGUCGGCUUCCGCACGGACCGCUCGCGCUGGCCACGCCGGCCCGACUUUCCGCUGGGCGACGCGUGGACGCAGGAAACGACGCAGAAGGACAUGCUCGACGACUUCGCGGGCUGGGGCGAGGAGAUGCUGAGCAUCAUGAAGGUGCGUGGGAGAGGGCGCGCGCGCGAGAGAUGAAAAGCGAUGCCCCCCUCCCCCCCCCCUCUCCUCCCUCCCGGCAAAUGCUUUCCGCUUUCUCCCGACUGCAGACGCUGACGAGCAGCUCCCCCGUCUCGGCGCCACGCCGCAGUGCAUCGAAAAG